AUGGAAGAGAAGAAUAAAGAAAGAAAUGGAACGAAUUUGAUGGAAUUCAUUCUUCUUGGCUUCCCGGGAUCUCAGUAUUUACAGAUGUCCAUCUUCAUGCUCUUUCUUAUCAUGUAUGUGAUGGCACUGCUGGGAAAUAUGGCCAUCAUCAUUCUGGUAAUAGCAAAUCGUCGUCUCCAUACUCCCAUGUACUUCUUCCUAUGUAAUCUCUCCUUCCUAGAAAUAUGGUACACAACAGCUUCUAUCCCUAAGAGUCUUGCCAUCUUUCUGGGGAGGGGCAGAAGCAUUUCUUUCACAAACUGCAUCAUUCAGUUUUACUUUGUGUUUGCCUUAGGGUCCACAGAAUACUUCCUCUUGUCUGUCAUGGCUUAUGACCGAUAUUUGGCCAUAUGUUACCCUUUGUGUUACAGCAGUAUCAUGGAUAGCCAGCUUUCUUUGCAGCUGGCAGCUGGCUCUUGGCUGUGUGCAUUCCUCAUUAUUCUUAUACCAGCCAUCUUGAUCUCAAGGUUGACUUUCUGUGGUCCUAAUGUGAUCAAUCACUUCUGCUGCAACAUUGAUUCAUGGAUAGCUAUUUCAUGCACCAGCACCUCUGAGGUUGAGAUAGCAGCUUUUGUUAUAUCCAUUUUUGUCAUUGUGUGUCCCUGUGUGAUCACCUUUCUUUCCUAUAUAUUCAUUAUCAAUACCAUCCUGCACAUUCCUUCUGCACAAAGAAAGCAAAAGGCUUUCUCCACCUGUUCCUCCCAUCUUGCUGUAGUGCUCAUUUGGUAUGGAUCCACUAUCUUUCUUUAUGUCAAACUAUCUAAUAUGUCUUCAGAUAUGAACAAAAUGGUCAACAUCUUGAACACAGUUGUGACUCCAUUGCUGAAUCCUUUCAUCUAUACACUAAGAAAUAAAGAGGUGAAGGACACAAUUAGAAGUUCAUUGCACUGGGGUUGA